UCGCCUCAGUCGCGCCACAGAGCACCAUGCUGACGGAGGCGCUGCUGGGGGUCCUGCUGCUCGUGCUGCUCUUCGCCUUCGUCAACAAAAGGCCUUCAAAACCUCCCGCCAGACUAUGGGGUUUGCCGAUAAUAGGGAAACUUCCCUCCAGCGAAGUUUCUCUUUGUGAUCAAGUAGACGAACUCAAGAAGAAGUUUGGCAACAUCGUAUCAUGGCGCAUGGGCAGCCGCAUCUUCAUCUUCUUCUGCGACUACAGGACCAUCAAGGCCGCCUUCGCCAAGGUGGAGUUCACAGACCGGCCGGAUUUCUACAGCUUCGACGUGUUCAAUGAAUUCACGAAGACCGGCGUCAUCAACACCAACGGCGCCCUCUGGCAGAACAACCGCCGCUUCGCCCUGCGCCACCUGCGGGACCUGGGCAUGGGCAAGACCCGCCUGGAGGAGGCCAUCCAGCACGAGGCCGUGUGCCUGGUGGAGGACUUCGCGAGGCACGCGGGCCGCCCGGGGCCGCUCCCCUGGUCCAUCAACGUGGCGGUCCUCAACGUCAUCUGGAUGAUGGUUGCGAAUCGCCGCUACGACGUGGACGACGUCGCGAUGCAAGACUUCAACAAGAUCGUCAACUCCUCCGUGGAAGACUUCCAGGGCAGCGUGAUCUGGUUCGACCUCAUGCCCUGGCUGCUGCCCAUCGUGCCCCGGUUCAUCAGGAAUUGGAUGGGCGUGUCGCAGAUGAUAGAAAAAACAGAUUUGUUGUUAGACAAGAUGCUGGAGCACGUGAAGGAGCACCAGAAGACGAUCGACCGCGAGAAUCCCCGAGACUUGAUCGACGCCUACCUGAUCGAGAUGGAAGCCCAGAAGAACGACCCUCAGUCUACCAUGAGCAUUACUGACCUGAAGAACCUCCUCGGAGAUCUGUUCGUGGCCGGCAGCGAGACCACGUCCUCCACCAUCCGCUGGGCCAUCUACUACCUGGCCAAGUACCCCGAGGUGCAGGCCAAGGUGCAAAGGGAGAUCGACUCCGUGGUUCCCAGGGACGUCCUUCCCUCCAUCCAACAGAAAAGCAGCAUGCCCUAUCUUGAAGCCGUGACACUCGAGGUUCACCGACUGGCGUCUCUCGUCCGCCUCGGUGUCUUCCACUUCUGCGCCAAAGACACGGUGUUCGAAGGCUACAAAAUACCUAAGGGAGCCGUUCUAUCCGCCCACCAGGAGGGCUGCCACAUGGACCCCGCCUACUGGGAGAAACCGAACGAGUUCUACCCCGAGCACUUCCUCGACGCCGAAGGGAAGGUCCUCACCAAGAAGGAGGGCUUCCUGCCGUUCUCCCUGGGUCGCCGCCAGUGCCUCGGGGAGUCGCUGGCCCGCAUGGAGCUGUUCGUGUUCCUCUCCGCCCUCCUGCAGAACUUCUCCUUCUCGGCUCCCAAGGGCAAGGAGCUCUGCGUCGAGAAGGACCCCAGGCUGCCCCUCGUCAACAUGCCAAAGUCCAUCGACGUUGUGAUUACGAAAAGGAAAUAGAAAUGAAACAAGCAUUUUCUUUUCAGUCGAGUGCUGUGUCUUGGAUGUGAUUUAGAUUUAUGUUUAUUUUUUUUGUAUUAUUAUUAUUUUAUUCUUGAAAAUAAUAUGAUUUGUAAGCACAUUGCUCAUUUAAUUUUCAGAUAGCUUUUAAUCGUUAUGACAGUAAUAUUUUCCAUUCUCAUAUCGGGAUCGUCCUCAUAGAGGCAAUUUCGAUUACGUAUUUAUGU